AUGUCCCGGAUGUUGCCCUCUCCUCAUAGCCUGGACGUUCACUGCUCGAGAUCUCUCCGUGCCCAGAAGCAUCCUCUGGCGACCUUCUUCGUUGAGGCGCACGACUUCGUUCAUAAUGCUGGAGCGAUCCUCUACCGUCGUGUGAAGGCUCCUGCACCGGCUGCAGAUGGCGCGGCGAUCCCACCUGCCCCGGCUGCUGUGCCUGAUGACGCAGGACGCCCCCCGGCAUCUGUGGUACACAUCCCUGGUUUGCGCGCUCUCGUCGACUCGUCUCAUGAGCACUUCAUUCCUCCGCCUGCGCAGCGAAAUGUGACCCCUCUUGUCAUGCGCGUCUUCCCUCGCCAUGUGCAUGCUCGCGCUGCGCUGACCGAUCAGCAGCGUGAUAUCCUCACCUUGCACAGCCGCAGGACACACUCGCUCAAGUCGCAGGAUAGGGUCUUGCAGUCUACCAUCUUCGCUCAUUUUCCUGAGCGAGACCUGAGCCACUCUCCGAUGCGAGUCUCGAGCUACUACCCCCUCAAGGCCUUCCCGCACCGCUAUGCUCAGAUGCUCGACUGCUAUCUCCAUGGCAUGCCGAUCUGCCAGUGUCCGACGGAAUGUGAUGGAUGUCAGCGCGAGCUCGAUCCCUCCGUUGCUGCACAUCAUCUCCAGACCUGCAAACGCCGAUCCUCCAAGCUUCCAACGGCGCAUGACAACCUUACUCGUACGAUUCGGUCGAUGCUGAACGAAGCUGGUCUUCAGAGCGUCAUCGAUACAGUGGGGGAUCCUCGUUCUCGACGGCAGGUACCCUCCCAUCCUCAUGGCCGCAAGAUGAAGGGCGAUAUCCACAUCCCUGGAAUCCGCGAUCGAGGGUCCGAGCAGUACGAGGGCUUGAUGGCGGACGUGACGUUGGUCCACCCUUACAUUGCGUCUGAGAAGAUUCGCAAAUAUCGCGCUGCAUAUGCUAUGACUACUCCUCCUCGAGCGUUCAUCCCUCUUGCCAUCUCGACGGACGGUACCCUGCAUCCUGACACCCUCCGCUUCAUCUGGUAUCUUGCGGACAUCAUUGCUCAGCGCUCGAUGCCUCUUGAGGAUGCGGCGUUUGGUCGGCACUUCGUGCCUGAUGACGGACCUGCUGCUGAGGUCUUGGCUCGCAAACGCGCCGCCACCUAUCAGCGCCUCACCAUGCAGCUGACGCUGGAAGCGCUCUUGUCUGGUGCGAGGCGCAUGACGCCCUUGCGGCAACUCCUCGAGCCAGAGGACAGCUCCUCCUCGGACUUUGUCGAGUCGCCCGAGGAGUCUUCGCCGGAGGUCUCCGACUCCGAUGGGGGACACCCUUCGAGUGGCCCCGACGAUGGGCGCGGAGCUGGCGACUCGGAGGCGUCUCCGUCCCUCACUGUGACGUCGGGUGCCUCCGGAGAGCUCGACACCACUGGGGUGCUUGCUGCUGGUCCGAGGCUCGCCUGCUUCCUCCCCGGCAUCGGUCGGGUCACGCCGGUCCUUGGGCAUUGCCGCGGCGUCGCCGCCGUCACGGGCGGCUACCGCUGA